UGUUUUUAAUCGCUUUGCUUUGUCUGUCCAACAAACUAAAACAUUUAUUGAUUCGUUUCUUCCACACUCGACUUAGCUAUAACAUAAAUCAAAUCUUUCCUCUUUCUUUACCAAACUAUUAUAAAGAAUUUGUAAUCUUAUUGUAAUCAGCAGAACUAAUCUAAUUUAUAAGCCAAUGGCAUCAUCGUAUUUGUCUAUUACACAAACUGUUUCUUCUAAAUUAUGUGCAGGGAUAAAUUCAUGCUCGGAUUACAACAGAUCUCACGUGUUAACGCCGAGUCGCAAGGGUUAUGUCAAUCAAAGUUUGCGAUUACACUCGAACCAAAAGAGUUUGAAGCAUCUCACAAGAGCAAGAAAACUAGAAGAUGAAGAUGAGAAAGAAAAGGACGAGGAGAAGGUACACUAUGCAGGAGAGGACGAUGACACAGAAGACUAUCCAGUGGAGGAGGAGGACAAAGACGAGUGUCGAGCAGAGGAGGCAGUUCUAAAACUAUACACCGACAUCAAAGACCGAAACAUCAAUGGAAUUUCAGAAGUUAUUGGAGAUGAAUGUCAAUGCUUUUGCAACUUAUUAUCUUCUUACCGACUCUUACAAGGCAAGAAGCAAGUGAUGGCUUUCUUCUACUGGUUGAUGAUGAACCUGGGGAAAGAUAUCAAGAUUAUUGUUAGACCAACCUCCAAAGAUGGCAUGACCGUCGGUGUUCAAUGGCAACUCGAAUGGGAGAAAUCAAACAUACAAUUGGGGAAGGGAGUGAGUUUCCACAUUUGCCAUAUCUACCAGGGAAAACUGUUGAUAAAGAAUGUGGAGAUGUUUAUGGAACCAAUCUUCCACGUUGAGCCUCUUAGACUAAGAAGUAUGGCUUUUGCAGUGAGCUUGGCUGAGAAGAUGGUCACUUUCUUAAGACCAGUAGAAAACAUAAGGAGACAGGCAAUGACAGUUCUGCUUCUUGCUCUUCUGUUGCUUGCUGCAGUCGCUUUCUACUUCACACAACCAAGACAAUAAGACUAAAACCACACAGGAAAUACCAUGGAAGAUAUCAAAAUAAAGAGAAGCAUUGAGUAUAAGGCUUCUUUCUAUCAGUAAGGAUGCAAAUAUUUUUCGAUCAAACGAAUGUUCAGUGUAACAGUUCAAAUCGAAUUGUUUAAGGCAUCAGUAAGGAUGCAAAUAUUUUUUGAGGAUGCACAAUAUUUCCAAUCAGAGUCAUAGCUUACACACAUUGGUAAGAUGCAAAUAUUUUUAAACGGUAAAACAUAGUUAGACACAUGUUAUCUUUUUUACCUUUUUCCUAAAACAUUCAUGGGU